CCCUUGGCUUUUUGGUUUUGGGUGUUGGUUUCUUGCUCCUGGGCUUCGUUGACUCCAAGUGAGCGCUGCACAAGUCGGCGGCGCCCUCCGCGGUCCCGUGGCGCCGCUUUCAAGAGCGCUGCGGGUCGGGCGCCAUGACGGGCCAUGGGCGAGUGGCAGCCAGGGCUCGCGGCGCUGGCGGCGGCGAGAGAACAGCUCCUCCGCUCGAACGUGAUCAGCUUCAACGCUGCGUUGAGCUCCUGUCGAUGGCAAAAGGCGCAGCAGGUCUUCGGUCGACUUAGCCAAGCGCUACGGGCCGAUGUCAUCUCCCAGAACUCCUUGAUGAACGCCUGCGGCAAAGCAGCCCAGUGGCCGCUCACGCUGGGCGUUCUGGAGGUGAUCAAGGCCACCCAGAUGCGGCCCACGGCCAUCACUUACAACACGGCCAUGGCGGCUCUGAGGUGGCGUGAGGCCUUGGUGCUGCUGCCGGAUGGCGAUCAGGGCGGCUGCAAUGCCCUGCUGGGUGGCAUCUGUGACGAGGCCUCUGCCUGGAGGGAGGCGCUGGCCUUGGCCCGCACGGGCGCGCCCAGCGCGGCGACCUGGACGUGUACGGUGUCCGCCUGUGCCAAAGCCGCGAGGUGGCGGUUUGCCCAAAGUCUGCUGCAGGCUUCGAGCGGAAGUGUUUUUGCCGGCGCGGCGUUGGUGAAGCGGCCCUGGCGCAGAGCGUUGGAUCUGUUGAAGGCGAUGUGCGCGAGGGCGUUGCAGCGCUCGGUGGUGACCUGCAGCAGCUGCAUCACCUGCCUCGCGGAGCCGGAAACUGCGCGGUGGCAGGUGUCCUUGGGACUUUUGGACGACCUGCAGGUGCAUGAAGUGGAGCCCAACGUCAUCACCUGCAAUGCAGCCAUGAGCGUCUGCGAGAAAGCCGAGCAGUGGCAGCUGGUGCUUUGGCUGCUGCGUGGCUUUCGCGGCAGCCCUGUGAGUUUCAACACCGCCAUCAGCGCCUGCGCGCGCUGCGGCCGGUGGCAGCAGGCCUUGGCCUUGCUGCACACCUCGCAGCGGCUGUUUCCUGCAGUUCCGGACCUUUCGGGCCUCAAUGCAGCCAUCACCGCCUGCGAGAAAGCAGCUCAGUGGCCAUUGGCGUUGCAGCUGCUGGAAGAAGCAAGACGGCUGGAUGUGGUGUCUGUGAGCGCCUGCGUCAGCUGCCUGGAGAAGGCCUUGCAAUGGCAGCGCGCCUUGAGGCUCUUCUUUCUGAUGGCGGACUGGCGGCUCCGCGCCAAUGUGAUCACUUGCAAUGCUGCCAUCAGCGCCUGCGAGAAGUGCGAGCAGUGGCGGUUCGCGCUCCUUUUGCUGCAGGCGGCUGAGAUGGACAUGAAUCUGGACGUGAUCUCCUUCAACGCGUCCAUCUCUGCUUGCGAGAACGCCUCCCAGUGGCCGCACGCCCUGGCGCUGCUGAGCCGGCUCCUGCGCCCCUCAACGAAAGGGAGUCGGAGACGGGCCUGUCGGCGCGUGGCGGCGACAGUGGUCACCUUCAACGUAACCAUCAGCGCCUGUCAGGGCGCCUCCAAGUGGCAAGAGGCUUUGGCGCUCUUUGGCCAAGCAAAGGGCCUUCAGCCCAACGUGAUCACCUUCAACGCGGCUCUGCGCGCCUUGGAGGCGGCUGCGCGGUGGCCCUCGGCACUUUACUUGCUGGAGAUCAUGGACGCAAGGCGCUUGGUUCCGGACGCCUUGAGUUUCCAAGCGGCGGUGGCUGCGACAGGCCCAGGGAACCUGCAGACUUUGCGGCUUUUGGACCGGCUGAGGGCGGACAUGAGGCGCUUUGAUCUUCAAUCCGACCUUUGAGAAGGCGGACAUUGCUCGGGUGUUGGCACACCUGCGGCCCAUUUAAGAGUUCCUUUUGGUGGAGUGAUGUUUAGAG